UCAAAUGUGGAAGCUGACUAUAAUUUCUUUUUUUUUAAGAGUGCUAAGAAGAAUAGCAAGAGUCACUAAUGAGUUUCUGAAGAUCUAGGGAAGGUCUAUGAAUUCCUGAAAUUUUAUUUUAGAAAGUACUGCUGCUUUGAACUACCGCCCCAAGGAUAACGUAAAAAUGCUUGUCAGUAGAAUGGUGCACAAAGAUCUCUGGCCGAACAAUGUAGGAAGAAGGGCCUAGCUAGAGACAUGUGACCUCAGAUUAUUUUCCACAACAAUGUCAAUGUGUCUAUAUUUUUAACACAUUCUCUCAGCUGAAACCAACCGACUGAGUAGAGCCUGUUGUGUGGUUUUCAUGUUCUCUGGGCUGUUGUAUGGUAUGGUUUUGUAGAGGUACUUCUGUUUCCUUCAGCAGUCAAAAAACACAAGGUCCAAGUGAAUUGGUUUCUUUUAGCUGCCCUUGGUGUGAGGCUACGCCCUGGCAUUCUGUCCAAGGUGCCCACUGCCUCAUGCCUGGGAUAGGAUCCAUUCUCAUUUUGAUCCUAUGCUAGACGAGCAACCUGGAAAGUUCAUGGAUGGAUGAAUCCAUGUAUGCUGGAUGUUCCUCAUGGAACUGUUACACAAACUGUUACCUCAAUUCUAUGCUUCAAGGUGGUGCACCCAUAGCUUCCUCCAGAUCAACUGCAGAGAACACAGGUAUCUGCAAGCACAAAAAAACAUGCAAGAUAUCACAAUGUCUUCUUCUAUACCUAUCCAUCCAUCCAUUUUCUGUAAACGCAUGUCCUAUUCAGGGUCGCGUGAGGUCCAGGGCCUAUCCCAGAGGCUACAGGCACGAGGCAGGGAACAACCCAGAAUGGGGCACCACCCCAUGCCAGGGCACACUCACACACCAGUCCCUCUAUAUCCAAAGCUGAAAGAUACCGAGGCGAGGAAAAGCCGGACUCAACAAUGACCAACAAAAACGGGAUGGUGACGAAAAUCCAGACGCCGAUCCGCACGGACUCGUUUAAAAGCAGUUAUGAUUUGGUUGGGAAAGAACUGGGCAGGGGUAAGUUUGCUGUGGUGAAGAAGUGUGUCGAGAAGUCAACUGGGAAGGAGCAUGCUGCCAAAUUCCUGCGGAAGAGGCGGAAGGGGCAGGACUGCCGCUCGGAUAUUAUCCACGAGAUCGCCGUGCUGGAGUAUGCGAAAUCCAACCCCUUCGUCGUAUCCCUCCAUGAAGUACUUGAAACGACGAGCGAAAUGAUCCUGGUGCUUGAAUAUGCAGCCGGUGGGGAGAUAUUUGACCAGUGUGUAGCAGACGAGACCUUCACAGAGCGGGAUGUUAUCAGACUCACCCGGCAGAUCUUAAAUGGCGUUGCUUGUCUGCACCGUAACAAUAUUGUACAUUUGGAUCUGAAGCCUCAGAAUAUCCUGCUGACCAGCUCCCAGCCCUUGGGCGAUAUCAGAAUCGUGGACUUUGGUCUGUCCAGAUGCAUGGACAACAUGAAGGAGGUUCGGGAGAUAAUUGGGACGCCGGAGUAUGUGGCCCCUGAAGUCCUCAGCUAUGAGCCCUUAAGUACAUCCACAGACAUGUGGAGCAUCGGCGUCCUGACCUAUGUCAUGCUGACAGGCUUCUCCCCAUUCCUGGGUGACAACAAACAGGAGACCUUCCUGAACAUCUCACAAGUCAAUGUGGAUUACUCUCAGGAUGUCUUUGAGGGAGUGUCUUCUCUCGCCAUCGACUUCAUCAAGACCCUCCUUGUCCAAGAUCCUAGAAAGAGAGCCUCUGCUGAGGACUGUUUGGCUCACCCCUGGCUGACGGGGGGGUCCAAGCUGCCCGCCCACCUCCACUCCACCCUGUUGUCUAGCCAAGCUGAGCCCGAGGCCAGCCAGUCAGAAUCGGACCCAGAACCAGAGAGUCCGGACCCCUCCCGGGAACUGCUCUUCAGGACGCCUUACACCAUCUGCUCCAGCCAGCGCGAGAUGAAGGCUGUUCGGGGCACCUUCUCCUUCGACGAGCCCUUUUCCAGCCUCCCCGAGAUCCCGCAGAAGUGUGUCUGCUGAGCCAGCUUGGCUAUGGACCAUCAGUUAGCUCCUGUGGUUAUCAUUACUGUUAUUGUGUUGUUUUUUUAAUGCACUUUGAGGUUGUGCAAUGGCCAUGUCUGAGCGUGGCGGUGUGACAUGCUGUCAAGGAAUCUUCAGCCAUGCUUUGAAGAAGGAAUGUUAAAAAUUUAGACGCAUUAAGUGGAUUUUUUCCCCACAAUUUCUUUCUCCUUAAUUUAAAACAAACCUGUUAUAGAUGUCCGUCAUACAGUGUGGUAAAGGUAUGUGUCAGUUUCUUUUGUUUUCUGUGUUGAAUUUUUUUUUAUCUCCGUUAAGAUGCCCUGGAUCUAGAGUCCACCUCCUUCAGGGUAUAUAUGCUAACCUAGAAAAGGGUUGAAGGAACAGUUGUGGCAGAUUUUUCCUCCUCUGUAUUUUUGUUUUGCCCUUGAAAUUUUAUUUUAUGGGCAUAAGUAAAAAGCCUGUUUGUAUUAUGAGGGUUCAAUCCAACAACUAUUAGCUGGCUUGAUACUUUUUAUUUGUGAAGUUUCAAGUAGCCAGUGCUGAAGUUCUACAUUUUCACGUGCUUUUUGCUUUUAUUUGGUUCUGUGUGUGUGUUACCCCCCCCCAAGUCCUCAAAUCAAGAUAACCAGGUACCUGAAUUAAACGAGAAUAAUAAAGGAAGGAAUUGUUUACUGCCUUCUUUAGUUGGAUUGACCAACUUCCAAGCACUUUGUCAGAAUAUGGACUGAUAUCUCACAGUGGCCAAAAAUCUUAAUUUAUUACUUUGGAAAAUUUAUUGCAUAUUUUUCACAACUGAGUUUUUUUAAUCUCAUGUAAAUGCCCAAUCAUUGCUGCUAAAAUUGUGUUAUUCAGGUUAACGUGGAUUUGUUGUUUUAAAGUUCUCUGCCUUAUUUCCUUGACUUUUCCAGACUGAGUAAUAUUAUGUAAAAGUUCAUAAAAGGAAAAUCUGAAAUACAGCAUCAUGUUUAGCGUCUCCAAGCUGGCUGCAGUAGUAAUGCCUUGAAGUUUUAUAUGCAGAGAAAUUUCCACAACAAGCUUUAAAUCAAAAUAUCCAUACAGAGGACUGAAAUGUGUAUAUUUGUCUAUUUAGUUUUUAGGUUAAUAUCCCCCUUAAUUUUUUUCUGUUGUCAAUUUGAUUUUUUUUUAAUUCAUGUAUAAAUAUAUAAAGUGCUGUAUUAACUUGU